AUGAGUUCUUUGACAGAGAUCUGCAGCGGAUUGCCUCUGGAUCCUCUGCCCAAAAACAGAGGACGAGACCCCAGUGUCCCCCAUGCGCCUGUGCGGACCCCCAACCUGACUGUGGAGGAGGAGCGGCUGGCUCUUAAAAAUGCUCUGAGGUACUUCCCCUCUUCCCAUCAUGCAUCACUGGCCCCAGAGUUUGUGCAGGAGCUGCGAGAGUUCGGGCACAUCUACAUGUAUAGGUUCUGUCCCGCGCUACGCAUGAAGGCUUAUCCCAUCGAUGAGUUCCCGUGUCGCACUCGUCAGGCGGCGGCCAUAAUGCUGAUGAUCAUGAACAACCUGGACCCUGCAGUGGCUCAGUUCCCACAGGAGCUGGUGACGUAUGGGGGCAACGGACAGGUCUUCAGUAACUGGGCUCAGUUUCGGCUGGUGAUGCACUACCUGAGUGAGAUGACGGAGGAGCAGACUCUGGUCAUGUACAGCGGACACCCCAUGGGGCUGUUCCCCAGUCUGCCCUCCUCCCCGCGGGCCAUCAUCACCAACGGCAUGGUCAUUCCUAACUACUCCUCCAAGGACCAGUAUGAGAAGAUGUUUGCUCUCGGUGUCUCUAUGUACGGUCAGAUGACGGCUGGAAGUUACUGCUACAUCGGGCCUCAGGGGAUCGUUCACGGCACAAUGCUGACGGUGUUGAACGCGGGUCGGAGGUACCUGGGCUCCGAUGACCUCCGCGGCAGAGUUCUGGUGACGUCGGGUCUGGGAGGGAUGAGUGGAGCUCAGGCCAAAGCCGCCGUGAUCGCAGGAUGUGUGGGGGUCAUCGCCGAGGUGGACGAGGCUCCUCUGAGGAAGCGGCACGAGCAGGGCUGGCUGAUGGAGGUCACCGGCGACUUGGAGCACUGCAUCCAACGCAUCAAAGAUUCCAAAAAAUCCAAGAUCCCUCUUAGUUUGGGAUACCACGGAAACAUUGUGGACUUGUGGGAGCGCCUCUUGCUGGAGUAUGAAACCACUGGUCAGCUGUUGGUGGACUUGGGUUCAGACCAGACGUCACUACACAACCCGUAUAAUGGAGGGUAUUACCCGGUCCAACUGGGAUUCAAAGAGGCCAACAAGCUCAUGUCCACAGAGCCGGCUCGGUUCAGGGAUCUGGUGCAGGAGAGCCUGCGGAGACAGAUAAAGGCCAUCAACAGUUUGUCAGACGCUGGGAUGUUUUUUUGGGACUACGGAAACGCCUUUUUACUGGAAGCACAAAGAGCAGGAGCUGAUGUUGAGAAAAGUGGAGCAGGAGCCACUGAGUUUCGUUACCCCUCUUACGUGCAGCACAUCAUGGGAGAUAUAUUCUCUCUUGGCUUUGGCCCGUUCCGCUGGGUGUGCACCUCGGCAGACCCUCGGGAUUUGGCCGUGACCGACGACAUCGCAGCUUCGAUCAUGGAGGAAAUCGGAGCCAAAGUGAACGAUCGCAUCCGGCAACAAUACAACGACAACAUCCGCUGGAUCCGAGAGGCCGGGAAGCACAAGAUGGUGGUGGGUUCCCAAGCCAGAAUCCUGUACGCGGACCAGAAGGGAAGGGUCCAGAUCGCUUUGGCAAUCAACCGGGCGAUCGCCGACGGGAGAGUAACGGCCCCUGUGGUCCUUAGCCGAGACCACCAUGAUGUAAGCGGUACAGACAGUCCGUUCAGAGAAACUUCCAACGUGUACGACGGCUCGGCCUUCUGCGCAGACAUGGCUGUUCAGAAUUUUGUUGGUGAUGCGUUCAGGGGCGCCACGUGGGUCUCCCUGCAUAACGGCGGCGGUGUCGGCUGGGGUGAAGUCAUGAACGGAGGCUUUGGUUUGCUGCUGGACGGUUCAGACGAGGCGGCAGACCGGGCCAGACUGAUGCUGGGCUGGGACGUGUCUAACGGGGUGGCCCGUCGGUGUUGGUCUGGGAACUCCAACGCUUACGAGACCAUCGAACGCACCAUGCAGGAGAACAGUCUGCUCCGAGUCACUCUGCCGCACUCUGUGGAGGACGAGCAGCUUCUGGAGAGGGCCCUGAAGCUCUGA